CAACAACCACUGUCAGCGAGCCGCCGCAGAAAAAUUGUUUUCUUUUCGCAGCAAACAAGUGUGGCGCGGUGCAAAAUCCCGAUAAAAAUGAGUCGAUCAUCUAAAAGCAUACUUCUCGAUGGCUCUGGACUGGAAACCAGUUUCAAGAUAGUGAAGAACGAAGCGGAGGAACAGCUGGAGAAUUUCCUUGCUCCAGUAGCGGAACUGGCCGACGACAUCAGCAGCGGACGGUCAAAGAUUGUUAAGCCGGCUCCAGGAUUCUGCGUGAAAGCGUUCAAGAAGGGAACGGAGGAAAAAUUCUUCAUCAAUCUCUGCCAAACCGAUGGCAUUCCACCGCCGCGCGACAUUACCGAGGACGAGCUGAUACGCAUCCUGAACGAUGGUGAGCCUAAUGCAUUCCGCAUCCCGAUGAGCAUCACGCAGCCCCGCCCCGCACUGGACAAAUCCAACCAGGGCUGCCAGGUGUGCGAUAUCGCGAUCAAUACGAAAUUCUACGCCAAAAUUGAGUCCGGCGGGCUGUUGCGCGAGUUCCUCAUCAGUGUGCUGUUCGAUGGGGUGGAGAAUAAGUACAACGUCGCACUGGACGAGAGGAACUUUCGCAUAUUGAAGAACAAAAAGUUCAUCGACAAGCUGAUUCCGCACAACAUCCAGAACCGGGACGUGCGGCAGGUGAUCGAAAGCUAUCCGCACCAGUCGGACGCCGAUCGGGCGCUGCUCACCGAGCUGGACAAUCCGAGACCGCUGAUGGCGGGCGCCCAGCCGAAGAAACCACUCAUCGAAGAGAUUGGCGCAGAUGCGGGGACGGUAAAAACGGUUAAAAAUGAAACGAACAGCUCGCGUAGUGUCGCACCGGUAUCGGUGGUAAAUGCCAAACAGCAGCAAAGUGAUAGCACUACCCCAGCACCGUACGUGCCCGAUCCGACAAAGGUGGCCAUUUCGCAGGCCGCCACGAAGAAGCCGGAAAGUAAGCUGUUCCGCGAACCGCCCGCCGGUAGAGCCAAGCGACUGAUAGGAGAGUUCCAUCUGCCGGAAUGUGUUUCAUCGAACGAAAUUACGCUGGACGUGGGCGAGGAUCGCAUUUUGCUAGAGGCACGUAAGAAAGGCUACCUGCUGGAUGUGUUCGUGGACUAUCGUAUUGAUGAAAGCAAGGUGGAAGCUCAUUUCGAUACCACCACAAAGAUCCUGCAAGUAUCGAUGCCAGUGUUGGCAGCUUAA